CUGUCAUGCUAUCAGAGCGUAGGGCUGGGGGAAAGGGAGAGAAGGGCAGGGGGAAACGGAGAAGAGGGCAGGAGGAAAUGGAGAGAAGGGAAGGGGGAAAGGGAGAGGAGGGGAGGGGGAAAGGGAGAGGAGGGCACGGGGAAAGGGAGAGCAGAACAGGGGGAAAGGGAGAGGAGGGCAGGGGGAAAGGGAAAGAAGGGCAGGGGGAAAGGAAGAGGAGGGGAGGGGGAAAGGGAGAGGAGGGCAGGGGGAAGGGGAGAGGAGGGCAGGGAGAAAUGGAGAGGAGGGCAGGGGGAAAUGGAGAGGAGGGCAGGGAGAAAGGGAGAGAAGGGCAGGGGGAAAGGGAGAGAAGGGCAGGGGGAAAGGGAGAGGAAGGCAGGGGGAAAGGGAGAGGAGGGCAGGGGGAAGGGGAGAGGAGGGCAGGGGGAAAUGGAGAGGAGGGCAGGGGGAAAGGGAGAGAAGGGCAGGGGGAAAGGGAGAGGAGGGCAAGGGGAAAGGGAGAGGAGGGCAGGGGGAAGGGGAGAGGAGGGCAGGGAGAAAUGGAGAGGAGGGCAGGGGGAAAUGGAGAGGAGGGCAGGGGGACAGGAAGAGGGGGCAGGGGGAAAGGGAGAGAAGGGCAGGGGGAAAGGGAGAGGAAGGCAGGGGGAAAGGGAGAGGAGGGCAGGGGGGAGGGGAGAGGAUGGCAGGGGGAAAGGGAGAGAAGGGCAGGGGGAAAGGGAGAGGAUGGCAGGGGGAAAGGGAGAGGAAGGCAGGGGGAAAGGGAGAGAAGGGCAGGGGGACAGGGAGAGAAGGGCAGGGGGAAAGGGAGAGAAGGGCAGGGGGAAAGGGAGAGAAGGGCAGGGGGAAAGGGAGAGAAGGGCAGGGGAAAAUCGAGAGAAGGGCAGGGGGAAAGGGAGAGAAGGGCAGGGGGAAAGGGAGAGAAGGGCAGGGGGAAAGGGAGGGGAGGGCAGGGGGGAAGGGACCAUCCUCUCCUGCUCCCCUUCUCUGCCUCUCCCCUUAUCUCUUAAGCUCCCCUUCUCUCCAGCUC